CUUGCAGUCCACCGACCGCGCCACUUGAAACUUUUCCCCGCAGCGCGCAAGUGGAGACAGGAAGCACAGAUCACUCACUGCGCGAUCUCCCGGACACAGGCCAGCCGAAUGAGCUACCCGCAGCGCUAUAUCCCGCCCAUCUAUGUGGACCUGAACAUGCCGGCCACGCCCUCGAAAGACAAGGACUUGCCGGCGCCGGCGCAGCCCUGCUCGCCCCCUAGCUACUCGACGCUGCCGCAGUCGAGCGACGCCGAGCCUCGCCCCAGCCGAGCCAACUCGCUGCUCUUGGACCUGCUCGAGUUUCCUCUCGCCUCGGCCGACCCCAGCCCGGACGCGCUGCUCAAGUGCGAGCUCGAGAGCGUGCUGGACGUGGGCAACGGACACGACACCCCCGCCGGCGCGCAGCAGCAGAUCUUCCCGCUGCCAAAUGGCCGCGAGGAGUUGCUUGACCAAGAUGUGGCCAAGAUGAAGCAGAGCCACGACCCGGAGGUGCUCGAGGAGGUCGCGGCCUUCCCCGCCGCCGUCUUCACCAACACCACCAUCUCGGCCUCGCGCUCGACCCACGUGAGCAGCGUGGCGCCCUCGCUAGUCGCGCAGCGCGGCGGGCGCACGUCUCAGUUCUCGGCCAAGCAGCGCCGCGAGCGCCACAACGCCAACGAACGACGACGGACGAACGCCGCCAAGGACCGUGUCCGCGACAUGCGCGACACGGUCGCGGCUCUGGAGCGCCAGCGUCGUGAGCUGAGCGCCCAGCGCGACGCCAACGCCGCUGCCAACGAGUUCCUCCCGCACAGGAGGCCCGUGGCCGACGUGGUGCCUCGCGAGCGCGUGGACGGCGACCUGGGCUACAGCAUCCCGGCCAGAGCCACCUACCUGGACCUCGCCAAGUCUGUGGACGAGCUCCGCGACGAGAAACGGUAUCUUGAGGAGCAGCUGGACCAGCUGGACUCGCAGAACAGCGCGCUUCAAGCGGUGCAGGCGGAGCUGGUCAUCGAUGCCACGGCAUCCCUGACGGCCGCCGGAUCCAAGAAGAGCCUCAAGCGCAAGCGCGCGGACAACGACGACGCCUUGUCCUCGGACACCAAACGCGCGGCCCUCGAGGAUAUCGACACCCCGGCGGGCGGCUACUGCCUGGAGACCGAGGCCGUUCCGUCGUUCCUCAAGGUGCUCUUCCCCGAGCCGAUGACUAGCGACGCGGCCUUCAACUGGGUCAAGGACAGCUACGGCGACAUCAUGGCCCUCAAGGCCCAGCAGAAGCCCGCGGACGCCGCCGCCAUCUCGGUUCUGGGCUGGCGCGAGGACAAGCGGGAGGUGGCCAAGGCCGAAGGGCCGGACGACGAGAGCUCGAUCGAGCUCAUGAUGACCCAGGACUUCGCCGGCGUCGUGUCGGGCGAGCUCGUGUUCAACACGUGGAACCUCCUGACCGUGCUCGAGGCCUUCCAGCAGCUCUUCCCGCUGGCCAAGGACCUGGCCGUGCUGCAGACCAUCAACGACGACUGCGUGGUCGUGCGCGUGGGCAUCGCGCCGAGCCGUGACGCCCCCGUGGUGCACAGCAUCGUGGUGCUGGCCCGCGGCCAAAUCGACGGCGGGUACCUCGUGAGCAUGCGCUCCGUGCCGCUGUCGGCGGGCCAGAAGGCCUUCGCCGCCGGCGAGGAGACAUACCUGCCUGUGCUGGCGUGGUUCAUGCUGCUCGACAAGUACGACGAGUACGCCCAGCCGGUGUGUGAGGUCAUCGUCGGCGCCUCGACGCAGCACAAGUCGGAGCGCGUGCUGCAGCGGCUGGCCACCGACUUCGUUGCCGGCGUCGUGCGCUGGCAGGAGGCUGUCGGCCAGAGCAAGCACUGGCUGCUCUGA